UUGUCCCUCUGCAUUCUAAUCAGCCACAUAGAAACAUUAGGUGGUCUCUCGACAUCCCAGGGAUUGAAUUGCCAAACCAGGAAUAAAAAGCACUUCCAUGCCUUCUCUUCAUCAGCUUCUUCUGCCGGUGGAUCUCCAGGGCACAGACACAGAAUCCUCAGGAGAUAAGUGAGAAAGAAGUUAUUUCCAAAAAACAGAAAGCUCACCCACGUCUCAGGUCAAAAACCAUCAACUGAAAGUACUAACAAAAAGAAUGAGCGAAGAAAUGCUUUACGUAACUAUGGGAGGACAAAAUUCUUCUCAGCAGCACCAGAAAGAAGAUACAGUUUAUGCAAGCAUGAAGUUCAAACCUUGUUCCAAGGAGCAAAGCUGCCAAGAAUUGGAAAAUUCCAAGGACAAAGCUGUCAUCCAAACCGGUCCUCUGACCACAUAUUUUCUUCAGCUUCUCAAUAAUGGAUCAGAAUUCCUCAGGAAAACUCCCUUGAUUGUUGCAGUCGGGAUUCUUUUGAUCCUCUGCCUUGUUUUCCUGAUAACAACGGUGGUUCUAAGAGUCAGGGUUCAGCAACAGAAGAAGGAUCUGGAUAUCCUCAUCAAAAUGAGAGAUCAUCUUCAACAUGAGAUUAGUAGCAUUGUCAAAGCACUGAAGAGCACAGGAAACUGGACUUGUAUUGAAGAGAAUUGCUAUCACUUUUCUGCUAUAAAAAAAUCCUGGCCAAACUGUGUGAUAUACUGCCGUGAACUGGGUUACGAUAUGCUGAAGAUAGACAGCAAGGAUGAACGGGUGGCUAUGGAAUCCAAAGCCAAUCACUUUCACUGGAUUGGAUUAUCCUAUAAGGAAGGCACAUGGAAAUGGCAGGAUGGGUCACUGCUUUCUAAAGACAUAAACUUCAGUGUGACCAGUGGAGAUGGUCAUUGUGCAUUUUUAAGCCCAACAAGAAUCUCUGCAAUUAAAUGUUCUUCCACAUACUCUUGUAUGUGUGAGAGGAAUGCUCUUCCUACAAAGAUUAUUCCCAAAAAUGAGCUCCAGACCAAGAUAUGAGCAUUUGGUUCCUGAAGGGUGACAAAACUAGGACCACUGCAGAAAUUUCAUCUUUUCUCAUUUGCCUGCUCUGCUUUUAUCUUGAGGGGCACCCUUUAAAUUAAAGAAAUUGAAUUGAGAACCUAUGUUGCAAAGGAUUAGAGCUGGGAAAUGCUCUUAGAGUUCACCACUCUUUAAAAUAUUCAGCAUUGAGCUCUGAGACACCCAGCUAUUCCAUUAAAAACAUCUUCCUUAUCACUGUACUGACCAUUCCUGAGUCUGGUGUACCAUAAUGGAUAAGUGUUGGAAAUUUUUGCUGAUCAUAACUGAGUUAAAUCCUGAACCACAUCCUGGGACAAUCUGGAUAAUCUGAUGUCUCUGAUAUAAACAAAUAAUACAAAAUAAGAUCCUAGUGCUUUUCCAGAUUAAAUGCAACACAAGUUAAUUGCAUGUUACUCUAUUUUGUAAGCUCAGUAUACAAGUGGUUGAAAAUAAAGAAGUC